AAUGAUGGAACAUUAUAAAGGGAUAAUGCUUUGUAAUAGACCACAAGCAUCUAUUAAUUUAGAUUAUCAUAAGUAAACUUAUAUUAAUAUAUAUGUAGACCUUUUGUAUCAAGAGUAACACAUGCUGAACCUCUCGGUUACAAUCCAGUUAAGUAACUGUAAAUUCAUUAACCCAUUAAAUGUAUUUAUCAUGUUUCAUCUAUUAAGAAAUUAAACCAAUAUUGAGUUAGCAUAAGGAAUGGCUUUAAAAUUUUCAAAAGCAUGUUAAAGAGAAAAAAACUGCAUUACAUUGUUCUUAAGUUCAAUCUCGCUUACAUCCUGAUAGGUAUAGAUCAAAUAGUGACAAAUAAAAUUAAUAGACUGAAUAAUAAAUACAAUAAGCAUCUUAACUGCAAAAUAAAACAACUAAAGUAGAAGAAAUAUAAUAAGAAUAAUAAAAUUUAUAAGCAAAUAAUAAUGAAUUAGGGGAUGAAAUAAUUGAUGAUUAAGAAUUAAAUGAAUUAUUAGAUUUUACUAAAAACUUAGAUUACGAGUAAUAUAUAAAUGAUUUAGAAGUAUAAAUACUAUUAAUAAUAGGUUAAAACGGUUGUAGAAGCUUUAAAGAAGAGAAUAGAAGAAAUACGUAUAGAGAAUCCAUAAUUGACAUAAAAAGAAGCAGCAAAGAAAGCAUUAAAAUAGAAUAAUAAUGCUACUCAAAAACCUAAUAAAAAGCAUGUUACUAUUUAAGAAGAAGAAUAAGUAAAAUAUAAAAUAAAUAAAUUUAGCUUCAAAAAAAUCCAGAAAAAAAGGAAAUAAAUUUAGAAAACAUUGCUAAAAAGAUAGCUGAGGAAAUUCUUCAAAAAAAUAAAUACUUAAGAAAUAUUCAUUCAAAUAUUUCAAUGUAGAAAUUAGUUGAAACCGAAGCUCGUAGGUUUCUUUAAAAAGAAUGA